GAAGAAGAAGAAGAAGAACGCAGAGUUUUUCAUACGUUUGAAGUCAUGGAGCAAGGAAGUAAAGGAAGUAGAAGAAAGCAACCCAACACAAAGAAAGUUCUCUGUUUGCUUGUGCGUGCCUGAGUGUGGGGGGCUUUGCUAACCCAGCUGGAUGCCACAGGACAGUGCCACAUGCAUACUUGCCCCCGUCCACUACCUUGAAUGAGUCCUAGGCAGACGGAUAUAGAGAGCAAGGCAGCGCUGUGAGCCAAGUUUGGGGAUUUACCACUUGAUGCUUCCCAGAAUGAGCCUACUUUUACUUUUGCCCUGCAGUGGCACCUAGUCUGAGAGUCCCCUCCGGAGAGGACGGGACGCAGACGCAGCAUGCCCGGCAGCUCGUCAGACAAGGCCACGCCCCCCGCCAUGGAGCCGCCGUCCACCGCCGCCACGCCGUUCAGAGUCACCGUGAGUACUGGUUUCCUCAGUCGUCGUCUGAAAGGCUCCAUAAAACGCACCAAGAGUCAGCCCAAACUGGACCGCAACUCCAGCUUCAGACAGAUGCUGCCGGGUUUCAGGAGUGUGGACAAUGACAGGUCUCAUUUGAUGCCAAGGCUGAAGGAGUCUCGCUCCCAUGAAUCAUUGCUCAGCCCUAGCAGUGCUGUGGAAGCCCUGGACCUAAGCAUGGAGGACGAAGUCAUCAUCAAGCCCGUUCACAGCAGCAUCCUCGGGCAGGACUACUGCUUUGAGGUCACCACCUCCACAGGAAGCAAAUGCUUUUCCUGUCGUUCAUCAGCCGAGAGAGACAAAUGGAUGGAGAAUCUGAGGAGAGCGGUGCAGCCCAACAAGGACAACAGCCGGAGAGUGGAGAACCUGCUGCGUCUCUGGAUCAUCGAGGCCAAAGACCUACCUGCCAAAAAGAAGUACUUUUGUGAACUGUGUCUGGACGAUUGUCUUUACGCCCGCACCACGUGUAAGCUCAAAACUGACAAUGUGUUUUGGGGAGAGCACUUUGAGUUCAACAACCUCCCCGCCGUCAAAAACAUCACGGCGCACUUGUACAAAGACACGGACAAGAAGAAGAAGAAAGACAAGAACAAUUACAUCGGACUGGUCAGUAUCCCCGUCCCCGCGGUGACAGGGCGGCAGUUUGUGGAGAAGUGGUAUCCCGUCAGCACUCCCAUCCCCCCUAAAGCAAAGACUUCUGGGCCAAUGAUUCGAAUAAAGGCCCGCUACCAGACCAUGAACAUUCUUCCCAUGGAGAUGUACAAGGAGUUUGCGGAGUACACCACUAAUAACUACAUGUUGUUAUGCUCGGUGCUGGAGCCGGGGAUAAGUGUGAAAAACAAAGAGGAGAUGGCGUGUGCGCUGGUGCAUAUACUGCAGAGCACAGGCAAAGCCAAGGACUUCCUGACAGACCUCAUGAUGUCAGAAGUGGACCGCUGCGGAGAGAACGAGCAUCUUAUCUUCAGAGAAAACACACUGGCCACAAAGGCUAUAGAGGAAUACCUCAAAUUAGUGGGGCAAAAGUAUCUGCAAGAUGCCCUCGGGGAGUUCAUCAAGGCGCUGUACGAGUCAGAUGAAAACUGCGAGGUGGAUCCGUCCAAAUGUUCGUCAGGUGAUCUCCCAGAACAUCAGAGCAACCUGAAGAUGUGCUGCGAGCUGGCCUUCUGCAAAAUCAUCAACUCUUACUGUGUGUUUCCCCGUGAGCUAAAGGAGGUGUUUGCGUCUUGGCGUCAGGAGUGCAGUAACCGGGGUCGACCGGACAUCAGCGAGCGUCUCAUCAGUGCGUCGCUGUUUCUGAGGUUCCUGUGUCCCGCCAUCAUGUCCCCGUCACUGUUCAACUUAAUGCAAGAGUAUCCAGACGACCGCACGGCGCGCACUCUCACUCUUAUCGCUAAAGUCACGCAAAACCUGGCCAAUUUUACCAAAUUUGGAAACAAAGAGGAGUACAUGUCAUUUAUGAACCAGUUCCUUGAGCACGAGUGGACCAACAUGCAGCGCUUUCUCCUGGAAAUCUCCAACCCAGAGACAAUCUCCAACACAGCGGGUUUUGAGGGCUACAUUGACCUGGGCCGUGAGCUGUCCACCCUGCACUCCCUCCUCUCCGAAGUGGUGUCCCAGAUGGAUCAGAGCGCCACCUCCAAGCUAGGACCUCUGCCCAGGAUCCUACGAGAAGUGACCACAGCUCUGACAAACCCGUCCAGUAUGCAGAUCACACCGGGACAGUCCACAGAGCAUAUGGGCUCCCCCCCGGCUGAGGCAGGCUGUAGCAUCUCCACAGGGCUGCAGAAGAUGGUCAUAGACAAUGACCUCUCAGGAUUGGUGGAUUUCACUAGAUUACCGUCACCAACGCCAGAAAACAAAGACCUGUUCUUCGUGACGAGGAGCUCAGGGAUUCAGCCGUCUCCAGCGCGGAGCUCAAGCUAUUCCGAGACGAACGAGCCCGACUUGGGAAUGCCCAACGGUAGUAAGAGCCUGUCUAUGGUGGACCUCCAAGACCCCCGCAUCCUUGACAGCGGCCCGGGCCCCAGUUCCUCUGACGGCGUGGGCGAAGGUCCGGCCAACGGCGUGGGCUGGACCGCCAGAGCUCCGCAGAACAACAUCGCGGGAGGCCCCACGCUGAGAAGGCCAGGCCAGAGCCCCACCACGCCCGUAACAGAGGGCGCAAACGGACGUCCCGGGCAGCUCCUCGCGCCCCUCUCCUUCCAAAAUCCAGUCUACCAGAUGGCUGCCUGUUUGCCCGUUUCUCCUCGUGGCUUAAACGACUCCGGAUCAGAAUGUCACAGCUCCGUCAGUUCCCAUAGCAACAACGAGGAGCUACCUGGCGCCAAGCACACCUUCAUGACACAGGGGGUGGGGGGAGGCGGGAGCAGCGGGGACGAGUACACCAGGCGCUCCGGGGAGUUCACCCGGCGACAGAUGUCCCUCGGAGACGCACAGAAUCAACCCACUGUCCCGAGGCAGAACAGCGCCGGCCCGCAGAGGAGGAUAGACCAGCCCCCUCCGCAGAGCAUGACCAGCAGACGCACGCCCCCCAACCUCCUCAACAGCGGCCCCUAUCCCAGACCCUCCUCCGGGACAAUGAUGACCUCCUCGCCGGACUGGCCCACAGGAGCACGGUUAAGGCAGCAGUCGUCCUCCUCCAAAGGGGACAGUCCGGAGACAAAGCACAGGCCACAGCACAAGCAGGCCCCCUCCCCAGUGAACCCCAGUGCUUUGGACCGUACAGCUGCCUGGCUGUUGAAUAUGAAUGUGCAGUAUUUAGACCAUGAGGGGAUGGAGCCACUCAGAAACAGGGAGGAUCUGACUCAGGUGGAAAAGUACCAGCAGGAGAUCGCAGUGCUACAGGAGAAGCUCAGAGCCUCGGUGCAGAAGCUGGAGGAGUACGAGGCGCGUCUGAAAGGCCAGGACGAGCAGGCUCAGAAAGUCCUGAUGGAGUACCAGGCCCGGCUGGAGGAGUCCGAGGAGAGGCUGAGGAGGCAGCAGGACGACAAAGAUCUACAGAUGAAGAGCAUCAUCAGCAGGCUCAUGUCGGUGGAAGAGGAACUGAAAAAGGAUCACUCAGACAUGCAGGCCGUGGUGGACUCCAAACAGAAAAUCAUUGAUGCACAGGAGAAGCGUAUCCAGUCUCUCGAUGCAGCCAACGCGAGGCUGAUGAGCGCCCUGACGCAACUGAAGGAGCGCUACAGCAUGCAAAGUCGGAACGGCAUCUCCCCGACCAACCCCACCAAGCUCCAGAUCACGGAGAACGGAGAGUUUCGAAACAGCAGCAACUGUUAAAAGACGUUUAAGUGCAUGUGGGAUACGCAUGUAGUGUAAGAGAAAAACUUGCAUUGUGGCUGUUGGGGGAAACCCGGCGGACAUUUUUACUUUAUGGAUUUGUUUGAAGGGUAAAGUUGGAGAAGGAGGCGGGACUUAAAAGCAUGACUGACAGAUCACCAGACAGCCUUCAAGAGAGAGCUUGUACAUAGAGUAUAACACAUAAAAAACUACAGUUACACACACUGGGAGAAAGCAGGACCCUGUCUGUUGGGACGAACCACUAUUGAUCUGAGUGCCGGACCCCGGUCGCCCCUAGCAACCCUCGUCUCUCCGUUUCGACUGAAGUGGACUUGGCUUAAACAACUAUAACGCCAUCCCGGAUUAUCUCUUUGUUAUUUUAAGAGGAUUAGCGCUUUAUUUUCAAUGUUUAUUAAGAACCAAAUAGGAGCUUAAAAUAUUUAUAAUCCAAAAAACAAUCUUCUGGUCACUUCUUGGAUGUGUCCCUCUCCUCUUUUUCCUCUCUUUCCUCUCUUUCUCUCGCUCUCUCUCCCUCUCUCCAUCCCUAUCUAGUGCACUUUGUGAAGAAAAGCUAUUGGUACAUGAAACGCCUUAAGAAACACACCACUCUUUACCUACAAUCCCGUUCUACUUCUGCAAAAAAAAAAAGAAAAAGAAAGGCACAACUUAUACUGUGGAUUUGUAAAAUUUGGUUGUACACACAUAAUGUAUACUAAAAUCUAUGUGAUAACUCUAUAAAAAAACAACUUUUAUUAUAGAUGUAUGCAUUUUCUUCUAUAGAUUAUACACUCAUAUAGCUAUAUUUGAUAAUGUCAGAUGUAAAAUGGCUCCCUUUAGUUUCGAAGUGAGGUGGUAGGUUUUUGUUUUUUCCGUUGCAAUCCAAUGACUAGAUGGAGGUUGGAGUUGUGUUUUUUUUUGGGUUUUUUUGGGAGAAAACAGCAGAGCCACGCACCGGUGUCGCUACGUUCUACUUAAAACCCUUUACAAACUGUGUACCAUGUGUUUUACAGAGAUCUAACCGUGUCCAGGGGCUUUGAGCUGUGAGUGUGGUGUACCAUGCUCCACCAGCUCCACCAGCUCCACCGUGUAUCCACAGACACUCAUUCUGUACACUGGACUCGGGACAAUUUACCUACUGUGACUCUUCUACCGAGUUCCUUUUGAACACACACACAGAUCAUCCAUAACAUUACGACCACAAGCAAAAUUGGUUGUUUUAGUGUUUGGUUUAAUCCUGCAAACUGUGAACUGUCAUUUCUCUCCUUUAUCCACAUCGAAAUUUGUUUGCUCUGCUUCCACGUCUCCCUUUUUCUGAUCAGUUUUGAUGGGUUGCGUGCAAAAUCUACAGCCUGGUUGCAGAUAUUCGUGCAACAUUAACACACCCGGUGACGCAGGUGGUCGUUUUUGUUAGACCUGAGUGGUGUACCAUACUCUAGUAGUUCUGAAUGUGAAGAUUCUUACUCACACACGGUCUUACCUUGAGGUUCCCUGUCCUCUAACGGUUAUAUUUUGUAUAUUUUAUUUGAAUUCUAUUUCUAAGUGAGGCUUUGCAUGCUUCUUCAUUGUUUUAGAGCCAAUAGCAGCGUGAAAUAUCACCCUCUUUAUUUUAUUGCGAGAUGGAAAGCGAUGAUGAACUAAAUGGCUUGCUGCAAAUUUAUGUAGUAAAUAUAUAUAAGAUUAACAGAGUGUAUCUAGCGACUGGACAGCCUGAGAAAGUGUAAAUAAAUAAAAUGCUGACACUAUUUUUAUGUAAUGUUAACAAGAGCUUUUUGUAAAUGUUUUUGUCCUAAACCUCUGCUGUUACCAUUAUGGAUAUUGUAAAUAAAUAGCUCAGUCAGUGGUCUGCUCUCAUUGGGUAGAACUGUAUUUAGUCAGCCUUCUGUGUCCUCCCUGUUCAGUCUGUUGGCACUUUCUGUAUUACGCUAGCCAAAAACAGAUUAGUCAGAUACUCAUAUUUUAAAGAAUAGAUUUCAGUGGUCCGAGGGGCUUCAGUUACAGUGAGAUUCGCAAGCACAAUCCUCUUUGACUCUAGCUCUAUGCACUUUUCUGUUCAGUACUAGUUGGCAAACGGCAAUUUUGUAGCACAGCACAUAAAAAGUGUUGUGACUGUGGACUUUAAAAACAUACGUGUACUUUGAGGAACUGUUGUAAAAAAGAAAAAAAAAAAAAACUUCCACAAAUUAGAUGCAUACUGAAAGUUAGAAUUAUGUCUGAAGAACAUCCUGAAUUAAAGAUGUAGAUCUAUGGAUGUCCUCACAGGUCUUAUCAUUGUAAAUAAAAUGUUUAUGGACGAUUAAAUGGGCCAAAAUAAUUGCAUUGAAUUACCAUAUUGAGUAAAAUACUUCACACGUCGUAUUGCCUCGGUUAAUGGCAUCUCCACAGUUCCUCACUGGUUAAAAUCCACAUGACAACCCAACAAAUUGAACAAUAAAGUAACAAAUGUUGUGUGUUUUCUAUGAUCCUGUAGAAAUUACUUUUGUAAGUAUGUUGAGAGUAUAAAGUAUUUGCUGGAUUCUGCUUCCUUUGGCAACAGUGACAAAACAAUAAUGUACAGAACUUGUGUUGACAAAAUGUGGCUGUGCAAUUUAUGUACAUUUGCAACUAGACUUAUUAAAGUUUUAUUUAGCUAUUUUAAAGCUUA